AUGACUGGGAAGGCUAAGCCGAAGAAGCACACAGCAAAGGAAUUAGCGGCUAAGUUGGACGCUGCAACCACCAACCGCGGCGGAGGUAAGGCGGGGCUAGCUGACCGCUCUGGUCAUGAAAAGGGCGGUCAUGCCAAGUUGGAGUGCCCGCUCUGCAAGGUUACCGCACCCGACAUCAAAUCUAUGCAGAUUCACCAUGACGCCCGCCACCCCAAGAUCCCGUUCGACGAGUCUAAGCUCAACAACCUCCACUCUGUCACCGUCGCCGAAACCUCCAAGCCCAAGCCCGGCGUUCGCGGCAGCUUGAAGAAGACAACAAUACUGUGA